UCUCCCCCUUUUUUUCUCUCUCUUUCUUUCGGUGUUUCCAUUCACUCAUUUCUGUUCCUCACUUCAUCCUGUGUUAAAUAGUUGCAGUAAUCUCUUUGGAAUCUGAUUUUGUUUAACACCCAGAUUCAGUUUUCAGGACUGAUAACACAAUGAGGAAAAGGCAUUUAUAUUACCCGGAGCAUUCGUUCGAUGAAUAUCCUUUCGAGGUCUUCAUCGGAGACUCAUGGCAAGCUGUGGAACUCAUACGAAUUAAGAAGGGAUACAUGACUCUACAUAUUAUAGAUGAUCGAUAUUUGAUCGAGAAGAAACCGUUCGCUGAUUUUCGUGUUAGGUCUCGUAAGGCAACUUUGCCCGAUUGCACUUGCUUCUUGAGGCCUGGUAUUGAUAUAUGCAUCCUUUCCUGCCUAGAGCAGACAGAGAGUCAAGAUGAAGAGACUCCGGAGCCUGUGUUGGUUGAUGCUAAAAUAAGUUCCAUCGAGAGGAAGCCUCACGAUUCCGAAUGCUCAUGCCAGUUCUACAUAAACUUCUAUGUUAACCGUGCUCCUCUCGGUUCCGAGAAAGGGGCUGUUAGCACAGGGACUAAAGUGGUAGGAAUUGAUCAGAUUCGUAUCCUACAAAAGCUCGAAAAACAUCCUUGUGAUGAUCAGCACUAUAGAUGGAAUGUCUCGGAGGACUGCUCGACACUGAAAAAAACUAAGAUAUUUUUGGGGAAAUUCUCAUCCGACAUGUCGUGGCUGCUUGUUAUGUCUGUUUUGAAGCAGAUUGCAUUCAAUGUCAAGUCCGUGCAGAACAAGAUUGUCUAUCAAAUUCUAGCUGAAGAUGAUGAGAAUCCCUCGAGAUAUAAUAAUUAUCUUCAGGCAGUAAAUAUCAAAUCAGAGAAUGGUAUUUCUGUUUCCAAUGUGGUCCAAUUCGACCCCCUCGAAAAUAAUGGAGCCGGUGCAGCUUUUACUGCCGAUGAGACCAAACAAUGGUCGGUUUAUGAUGCUAUGAACUUGCGACGCUCUAAACGCAGGUUUGUCCAACCGGAGCGUUUCGUUGGUCAUGAUGGUCCUCCAGGGACAGAGACUACAUUUUAUCUAACAGCUGCACAUAGAAUAAACAUCCGCAGAGAAGAGGAAGAUGAGCAAGAUGCAGAUAUGGAUUUGCCGAUAUCACACUUGUUAUGCAUGAAUGCGAGUCCUUCGGAAGAACUUACCCUGUCUGAAACACGAGACGUCACAUCGAACAAUAAUAAUACACCAAAGGAGGUAAUAUCAGAUGUGACUACUUCUAAGAAAUCAAGUGGAAAACGUCGAGGGAGACCUCGUGCAACCAAUCGGAGUAACCAUCAGAAUGAUCUUGCUAUAGUUCCUGUGUCUUCCGAAACCGAUGCUCUAGCCUCUGGAAACUUUCAUGUCCUGAGACGCCCAACAAGUUUAUCGGAAGAGAUCAAGGAACUCUCUACGUAUUAUUAUAAAAUGAAACGCUGCCGUGCGAACAAGCAGAAGAAAAUUCCUGCUGUAGACUAUAUGGAUGGUGAAAAUGUGUGGAAGGGAAGACAUCAACCAACUAAAGUACAGAGUAAAAGUUAUCUAUCUGCUCAAACACGAAUGUAUGAUUUCGAUGAACCGAAAACUUACAAACAGACAACUCUAAGUGUUGGUGCAUACAAUAAACUUAUAAAUUCAUAUAUGAAGAAUAUUGAUUCUACUUCCAUAAAAGAUGAGUCGCACGUUAUUGACCGGUGGAAUCAGUUUAAGGAAGCAAAAAUCGCAGAAACGAGUAGAAAAACAGAACCAGAACAACCACAGGUUGAAGAGGAGGAAGAAAUGUCGGAAAACGAAAUGUUGUGGAGAGAAAUGGAACUAUGUAUGGCAUCAACUUACUUUGACGAUGAUGAGGCUAGAGUAUCAGCCGAGUCUCUUCGGAAAGCUAGUGAAAGUUGUCAGCAUGAAUUCAAGUUGGACGACGAAGUCGGGGUUCUAUGUCGUAUCUGUGGCUUUGUUAGCACUGAAAUAAAACAUGUUUCUGCACCAUUUCUUGAACGUAAAAGCUGGAUAGCAGCAGACGGUAAAACGUGCUACGAAGAUGAGCCGGAGCAUAAAGCAGAUGAAGAAGAGAGCUUGAAUCUUUUCUGCAAUUACUCGUCUGUAGGAACACCAUUAUCCGACGAAAGUGAUAAUGUAUGGGCGCUGAUCCCCGAACUUAGAAAUAAGUUACACUUUCACCAGAAAAGGGCCUUUGAAUUCCUAUGGCUAAAUAUCGCAGGUUCUUUGAUACCUCAACUUAUGGAACCAUCCUCGAAGAAAACGGGCGGCUGUGUAGUUUCUCAUACACCGGGAUCCGGUAAGACUUUUCUCAUUAUCGCAUUCCUUACCAGCUACUUGAAAUUAUUCCCGGGAAAGAGGCCUUUGGUACUUGCUCCGAAGACAACUCUAUAUACUUGGUAUAAGGAAUUCAUCAAGUGGGAAAUCCCUGUACCGGUUCAUUUAAUUCAUGGCCGUAGAAGUUAUCGAGUCUUCAAGAAUAACUCGAUGAAGUUUCACGGAGUACCGAGACCUAGUCAAGAUGUUAUGCAUGUUUUGGAUUGUCUCGACAAAAUACAGAAGUGGCAUGCUCAACCGAGUGUUCUUGUCAUGGGCUACACUUCGUUCUUGACGUUAAUGCGAGAAGAUGCAAAGUUCGAGUACCGAAAAUUCAUGGCUAAGGUGCUGCGUGAAAGUCCGGGGCUCCUGGUAUUGGAUGAGGGGCACAACCCAAGAAGUACUAAAUCGAGAUUGAGAAAGGUUUUGAUGAAAGUCGAGACAGAUCUGAGGAUAUUGCUUUCGGGUACAUUAUUUCAGAACAACUUCUGUGAAUAUUUUAACACCCUGUGCCUCGCAAGACCGAAAUUUGUGCAUGAAAUUUUGAGGCAAUUAGAUUCGAAAUACAAGAAAAAGAAGCGGUUCGACAAAGCUCGCUAUUUGUUAGAAAACCGAGCAAGAAAAUUCUUCCUAGACAAAAUUGCUAGGAAGAUUGAUGCUAGUGUCGGAGAUGAGAGGCUGCAAGGUCUUAACAUGUUGAGGAACAUCACAAACAGAUUCAUCGACGUGUAUGAAGGCGGGAAUUUCGACUGCCUCCCCGGUCUACAGAUUUACACCCUGAUGAUGAACUCAACGGACAUACAACGUGAGAUUUUGGUAAAACUCCACAAAAUAAUGUCCACAUAUACUGGCUACCCAUUGGAAUUGGAACUUCUGAUAACACUCGCUUCGAUACAUCCUAGUCUGGUCCGGACUUCAAACUGUAGUGCCAAAUUUUUCAGUCCAGAAGAGUUGAUGCAGCUUGAGACGAUGAAGUUUGAUUUCAGAAAAGGUUCCAAGGUCAUGUUCGUUUUGAACCUUGUUUAUCGAAUCAUUAAGAACGAAAAGGUUCUCAUCUUCUGCCACAAUAUCGCCCCCAUUAAUUUGCUCGCGGAUAUGUUCGAGAGAAUCUUCCGGUGGCGGAAGGGUAGAGAAAUAUUAGUCCUUACAGGAGACUUGGAGCUAUUCGAGAGAGGAAGAGUGAUGGACAAGUUCGAGGAACCAAGCGGUGCUUCAAGGGUACUAAUCGCUUCGAUUAACGCAUGUGCCGAAGGCAUUAGUUUGACAGCCGCAUCACGGGUGAUCUUAUUGGAUUCGGAAUGGAACCCUUCCAAGACAAAGCAGGCUAUUGCACGGGCUUUUCGCCCUGGUCAGCAAAAGGUUGUUUAUGUGUAUCAGCUAUUGGCAACUGGAACACUCGAAGAGGACAAGUACCGUCGGACCACAUGGAAAGAGUGGGUAUCGAGCAUGAUAUUUAGCGAAGCGUUCGUGGAAGAUCCGUCUCAGUGGCAAGCAGAAAAGAUCGAAGACGAUGUAUUGAGGGAGAUAGUAGCAGAGGACAAAGUUAAAUCAUUCCAUAUGAUCAUGAAAAACGAAAAGGCUUCGACAGGUUGACGAUCAUAGCCUAGCUUCCCUCCACAGUAAUAACUGAACUCUAAAGAGGAGGAACUCGAACCUCGACUCUUUAAGGAGAGACCAACAGGUAGGGCCAAAGUUGGAUUGUUCUCUCUUCUGCUUGCUUGUAUUAUGUUUUCUGCAAUGGACCAUUAUCAUUGUGCUCUCUACAGGUAACAACUUGUAAAAUGACAAUGAUCUUCCUGCUUUCUCAUAAUUCCCCUCUUCCGUCGAAGAUAUUUAUGUUGCUUCGAUAUUCAUGUCCGAGACAUGAAUACGGUAUGCGAUAUGAUCCUCCGAAUACAUG